AGUGUUCUGAAGUGCUCUCUUUCCUCUUAUUCUCACUCUGUGACCGUUUCGGCUUGAUUCAAGAUGGGGAAGAAAGCAGUAAAAGCAACGCGCAAGUUCGCCGCGAGCGGACAACUCAAAAAGGUCAUUCAGGCGCGCAAAAAGCAUCAAGAGAUACGCAAAAAGGUCGAACGUCGCAAGGGCAAAGGAGCUGCUUCAGGAAAGGACAAGGGUAAAGACAAGGAGAUAAAAGGACACGGGGGUGAAGAGGAUGAAGAGGAUGAAAUUGAGAUGGAAGAACAGGAUGCGGGUGGAAAGUUCAAAGGCAUGAGCGUCGAUGAUUUCCUUGGCGGUGGCUUUAUGGCGGGUUCAGAUGAGGAGGAGGAGGAUGAUGGUGUAGACGAUGCGAGCGACCUCGAUGACAACGACGAAGAGGAAGGUUCAGAAGAUGAAGUAUCAGACAAUGAAUCCUUUGCAGAUGUUGACAACCUCGAUGAGGACGGCGAAGCCCACCUGUUCGAACUCUCCAAACUUGCCGAAAAGGAUCCGGAGUUCUACAAAUACCUCCAGGAAAAUGAUCGUGAACUUCUUCAGUUCAACCCUGAUGCCGUCGAAGAAAUUUCCAUGUCCGAUGAUGAGAUGGAUGAAGGUGGGGAGGAGGAGAAGGCGCCGGUAUUGACAUUGGAGGUUGUGAGGAGGUGGAGUAAGGCGCUAUUGGAGCAUCGGUCUUUGAGAGCGUUGAGGAAAUUGCUCAUUGCAUUCCGAGCGGCGGUACAUAUGAACGAGGAGGAUCAGGUACUUGCUUGGACUAUUGACAGCUCGAAAGUGUACAACAAGCUCGUGACGACCGCUCUGAAGUUUACACCUGUUGUACUCGAGCACCAUUGUCCACUUAAAGAGUUGCCGAACGGGAAGUUUAAACCCCCUGCUCAGACGCCAAAAUUCAAAGCCCUGCAAAAACUGAUUCUUUCGUACUUCCACAACGUCAUCCACCUCCUGGGUCAGCUUACCGACACUUCCCUGAUCCAGUUAGCUGUCAGCGAGAGUUCGAAGUUAGUGCCCUACGUGGUUGGUAGUCGCAAGGCUGUCAAGGCAUAUCUUAAGGCGUGUUUGGAUUUGUGGUCGAGCGCGGAGGAUAACGUACGUAUCGCUGCAUUCCUUGCAAUUAGAAGGUUGGCGGCGUCGACAGAUGAGUCCGUUAUGAACUUGGUUCUUAAGAACACAUACCUCACGCUUGUCCGCUCGUGCAAAUCCACCAAUGCUCACAACCUCCCUUCAAUCAACCUGAUGAAGAACUCCGCAAGCGAGAUUUAUACAACAGACCAUGCUACAGCUUACCAGCAUGCGUUUGGGUAUAUUCGGCAGUUGGCGAUCCUUUUGAGGAAUAGUAUGCGCCUUAAGAACAAGGAGGCAUAUAAGCAGGUCUACAACUGGCAAUACGUGCAUUGUGUUGACUUUUGGUCGAUCGUCCUUGCGAGAGCGUGUGAUCGGGAAGCUCGGAUUGAGCGAGGUGGGGAGGAGAGCGAGCUGAGGGCGCUCAUGUAUCCUCUCGUCCAAGUCACUCUUGGUGCUAUCAAGCUGAUACCAACGUCCCGUUCAUACCCUCUUCACCUGCAUCUCUCGCGCUCUCUCCUUCACCUAACAAGACACACUCGUAUCUACGUCCCAUUAGCACCUUGUCUCUUCCCCAUCCUCCUCUCCACACUCUCUGCCGCCUCCAAACCGAAGGCCUCAACCCUUCGACCACUCGACUUCGAAACCACCAUCCGCGCACCACAACAAUACCUCAAAACCAGAGUAUAUAAUGAAGGUCUCGCAGAAGAAACCACUUUCCUGCUCGCAGAAUACCUUUCUAGCGAGCCGGUACACGCGAGUGUAGCGUUCCCGGAGGUUAUUGUGCCCUUGGUGAUGAUGCUGAGGAAAGCCGUGAAGGGAAGUAAGGAGGGGAAAGAAGGAAAGUGGAAAGCGAAGGAAGCGGGGCUAGUUAAAGCGCUCGUGGAGAGGAUUGAGGAGAGUGCGAGGUGGGUCGAGGGGAAGCGGAAGAAUGUUGGAUUUGCACCCGGGAAACCGGCAGAAGUGGAGAGAUGGGAGGAGGGUGUGAAUGUGGAGGAAACACCACUUGGGAAGUACGUCAAGGUGCAGAGGAAGACGAGGGAGAAGAGGAGGAAGUUGGUCGAGAAGGCUAGAGAUGGGGAGGACGAGAUCCUUGAGGAUUGACCUCGAUUGUUCAGACGUGUUUCUUCACUCAUUCAAUAUACAUCCGUCCGAUCAUGGACGGAGUUUCAGAAAUGGAUCUGACCGAACUUCAACAGAGCCAGUGGCAAGUUCUAACCUCACGCGAUAACACUAAGGAUUAAGACAUCUGAAGAGAGGAAGAACCGUUUAUCCCUCCUCGUUGAUUUCAAAAUUGGGCCAGCGGGGAGGCGCACUUAUGGAUCCUAGAGACAUGAGCUGAGGGGCAUUAGCAGGCAAAAACCCCUCGAGGAGGUGAAGGUCGAAGUAUGUCAUCUCGGUCGAUAUCUGAACUGUACUAAGUGACAAGAAACCAAAGUACUGGUC